AUGGCGUCCUCAAACCGCAUUGUUGACAUACAUACACAUAUGUACCCUCCCUCAUAUGUCGACAUCUUAAAGGCUAGACAGACCAUUCCUCUAGUCCGCACGUUCGACCCUACUCAAGACCCAAGGCUCAUUUUACUUGCGGCAGAAGUAGAAUCAUUGAAUAAUGCCGCCUCAAGUGAUGCUCCCGACAAGCAUGCAAACCCACCGGGCCGGCCCUUGACAAAACACUAUGCGUCGCUUGAACAAAAGAUUCACUUUAUGAACACCCACAAGAUCGACAUAUCAGUCAUAUCCCUGGCAAACCCAUGGCUUGACUUUCUUGAUCCGUCUGAGGCCGGCUCAAUCGGAGAGUCGAUCAACAAUGAGUUCGAUUCAAUGUGCAACCAGCACCCAGGCCGCCUCUUUUUCUUUGCGACAUUGCCCCUGACAGCACCCCUGGACACUGUCCUCGCCUCCAUAUCUCACGUCAAGUCGUUAAAGUACUGCCGUGGAGUGAUCCUAGGCACUUCGGGUCUAGGCAAGGGUCUCGAUGAUCCCGACCUGCUGCCUAUAUUCGAUGCCUUGGGUGCAGCCCAGCUCAUGGUGUUUCUCCACCCGCACUACGGCCUUCCAAACGACGUCUGGGGCCCCCGGGCAAGCGCCGAAUACGGCCACGUUCUCCCUCUCGCGCUGGGCUUUCCAAUGGAGACGACCAUCGCCGUUGCGCGCAUGUACCUGGCGGGCGUGUUUGACCGCGUCCCCAGCCUCAAGAUGCUCCUGGCCCACAGCGGCGGCACGCUCCCCUUCCUGGCUGGCAGGAUUGAGAGCUGUAUACUUCACGAUGGCCACCUGAUGCGGGAGGGCAAGGCAGGUGGGCCGGGAUCAGGCCGCCGGACGAUCUGGGAUGUACUCAAGGAUCAGGUCUAUCUGGACGCUGUAAUCUACUCCGAGGUCGGGCUCAAGGCAGCCAUCGACGCGAGCGGCGUGGACAGACUAAUGUUCGGAACCGACCAUCCCUUCUUCCCGCCGCUGACCAGUGACGAAGAUGGCGCCUGGGAGAGUGUAGGGCUUAAUGCUGAGGCCGUUGACAAGGCCCUGGGUAGUGGAUCGACGGCGGCUGCUGGAGUCAUGGGCGAAAACGCCAUCCAAGUUCUGCGUCUCUAUGAGAGUUAG